AACAGUUUAUUAGACAUUAGUGUCUCGCUCUGACAACAAGAACAAUGAUGAUCACUGUCUUUAUCUCCUUUUAUCUGUUUGUAAUCGUGAAAACGUCUUAUGAUGAUCUUCAAGUGCAAACAGAGAAGAUUGGAGAAAAUGUAGUGAUAAAAUGUGAGGAGACCUUUAUUAAAGACAUCAAUCAGUAUAGUUUUGCUUGGUUUAAGCAGAGUUAUGGAAAGCUGCCUCAGCUUGUUGUGAGAUUUUAUGAUAAUAAUUCAAAAGUCAGACAGCCUCGACAAUUUAUACAGCGCUUUAAUGCGACUCUGAAAGGAGAUCAGUUUUUUCUCAACAUUCAGGAAACUGUAGAAGAAGAUUCUGGAACAUAUUUCUGUGCGAGAAUGAGCAGAGAUGUUACAGAGUUUGGAUCUGGAACGCUUCUGAUCUUUAACGAAGAAAAGUCUCAGAAGGGAAAUCUGACUGAACUAAAGGUGAAAAGUGGAAAAUCUGCAGGUUCACUCCAGUGUUCAGUACUAAUGGCUACUUUAAGCUGUUCAGGAGAUCACAGUGUGUACUGGUUCAGACCCGACUCAGGAGAACCUCGUCCAGGAAUCAUCUUCACUCAUGGAGACUCCAGCAGUCAGUGUACUGCAUGUGGAGUGACUAAACUCCAUGAGGAAGUGAAAACGUCUAACGAUGAUCUUCAAGUGCAAACAGAGAAGAUUGGAGAAAAUGUAUCAAUAAAAUGUGAGCAGAGCUUCAUCAGAGACCAUCAGUAUAGUUUUGCUUGGUAUAAGCAGAGUUAUGGAAAGCUGCCUCAGUUUGUUGUGAGAUUAGUUAUCAAUAAUUUAAACGUCAGAUACAAUCAACAAUUUCAACAGCGCUUUAAUACGACUCUGAAAGGAGAUCAGUUUGUUCUCAACAUUCAGGAAACUGUAGAAGAAGAUUCUGGAACAUAUUUCUGUGUGAGAGUGAAGACUGAUGUUACAGAGUUUGGAUCUGGAACGCUUCUGAUCUUUAACGAAAAGUCUCAGAAGGGAAAUCUGACUGAACUAAAGGUGAAAAGUGGAAAAUCUGCAGGUUCACUCCAGUGUUCAGUACUAAUGGCUACUUUAAGCUGUUCAGGAGAUCACAGUGUGUACUGGUUCAGACCCGACUCAGGAGAACCUCGUCCAGGAAUCAACUUCACUCAUGAGACUGAACUUCAUGAGGAAGGUGACUGUACUGGACAGAUGUUCAUUUUGAUCUGGCUCUCCAAUGUAAGAACAGCAGUUGUUGCAGUAAUGCUGUUUAUCAUUGCAGUGAUCUACAGUGUUAAGAAGAUUAAGAAAUAAAGAUAAAGACUGAUAACAGACUGAUACUGUAAAAUACUGAAAAAAAGUGAUUUUUAUGCUGUUUAUCUUAUAUUAAGGACGAUUGUAUUUUUACAUUUAAAAUAGUUUGCUCUUAAUAUUAACCUGCUGCAAAAUUAGCUUUUGAGGUUUGACAUAUUUUUAUAUA